AUGCCUGAACAGCUACACAAACAAGAAGUGGAGGCCGGCAAUGACCCCUCCGUUAGCAAGCAAUAUGACCGCGAAACGCCCAAAGACGUGCAGUGGAAAGAGCUGUACGAGAUGAUUGACGGCAAACAGAUCAGCAUCUUGAACACCUACCGCUCCGGCAUUGGACCCGUGGGCCGCUCGAUGGCGAUUGCCAAACGCGCCGGGCCUGACAUCCUCUAUCUGGCCAACAAGAACUCAAGAAAGUUUGACGAUCUGUCCAAGAACAAGGAGGUACAGGUCACCAUCCAGGACAGCAAGACGCAGGACUGGAUCUCCAUCACGGGGACGGUCACCACAACGUCAAACGAUGACCCUCGGAUCAGGGAUAUCUACAGCCCAGGCGUCAGUGCUUGGUUUGGGGAUCUGAAGGAUGGCGUCCAUGACGGAACAGCAAACGAUCCUCGCAUGGCUCUCAUCGAGGUCAAAAGCAAGUACAUCGUGUAUUGGAAGAAGGAAACUUCGUCCCUGGGGUUCUUGAAAGAAGUUGGGACGGCUGCCUUGACAGGUAGCGUUGCGCAGACUGGUGUUCACCGAGAAUUUUCGGAGGAGGAUAUCUCAAAGGAGAGAUCGUAG